UGGCGUAGACCACGACGGGCUGCGCCUGUCACACCCGCGGCUUGUUGCGGAGGAGCAGCGGGCGCCAUGGCGGUUCUGCUGGAGACCACUCUGGGCGACGUCGUCAUCGAUCUGUACACCGAGGAGCGGCCGCGCGCCUGCUUGAAUUUCCUGAAGUUGUGCAAAAUAAAAUAUUACAAUUAUUGUCUUAUUCACAAUGUACAGAGGGAUUUUAUUAUACAAACUGGUGAUCCUACAGGGACUGGCCGUGGAGGAGAGUCUGUUUUUGGUCAACUGUAUGGUGAUCAAGCAAGCUUUUUCGAGGCUGAAAAAGUACCAAGAAUUAAGCACAAGAAGAAAGGCACUGUGUCCAUGGUGAACAAUGGCAGUGAUCAACAUGGAUCUCAGUUUCUUAUUACAACAGGAGAUAAUCUAGAUUACCUUGAUGGUGUUCAUACGGUGUUUGGUGAGGUGACAGAAGGCAUGGACAUAAUUAAGAAAAUUAAUGAGACCUUUGUUGACAAGGACUUUGUACCAUAUCAGGAUAUCAGGAUAAAUCACACAGUGAUUUUAGAUGAUCCGUUUGAUGACCCUCCAGAUUUAUUAAUCCCUGAUCGAUCACCAGAACCUACAAGGGAACAGCUCGAUAGUGGUCGAAUAGGAGCAGAUGAAGAAAUUGAUGAUUUUAAAGGAAGAUCAGCUGAAGAAGUAGAAGAAAUAAAGGCAGAAAAAGAGGCCAAAACUCAAGCUAUUCUGUUAGAAAUGGUGGGAGACCUACCUGAUGCAGAUAUUAAACCUCCAGAAAAUGUGCUGUUUGUGUGUAAAUUGAAUCCAGUGACCACAGAUGAAGAUCUGGAGAUAAUAUUCUCAAGAUUUGGGCCAAUAAGAAGUUGUGAAGUUAUCCGGGAUUGGAAGACAGGAGAAUCCCUUUGUUAUGCUUUUAUUGAAUUUGAAAAGGAAGAAGAUUGUGAGAAAGCAUUCUUCAAAAUGGACAAUGUACUUAUAGAUGACAGAAGAAUACAUGUGGAUUUUAGCCAGUCUGUUGCAAAGGUUAAAUGGAAAGGAAAAGGUGGGAAAUACACCAAGAGUGAUUUCAAGGAGUAUGAAAAGGAACAGGAUAAACCAUCUAAUUUAGUUUUGAAAGAUAAAGUAAAGCCCAAGCAGGAUGCGAAAUACGAUCUUGUACUAGAUGAGCAAGCAGAGGAUCCGAAAUCAAGUCACUCCCACACAAGUAAGAAACACAAGAAGAAAACUCGUCACUGCUCUGAAGAAAAAGAAGAUGAGGACUAUAUGCCGAUCAAAAAUACUAAUCAGGAUAUCUACAGGGAAAUGGGGUUUGGUCACUAUGAAGAAGAGGAAAGCUGUUGGGAGAAACAAAAGAGUGAAAAGAGAGACCGACCUCAAAACCGAAGUCGUAGCCGAUCUCGAGAAAGGGACGGCCACUACAGUAACAGUCACAAAGCCAAAUACCAAACAGACCCCUACGAAAGAGAACGGAGUAAAAAGAGAGACCGAAGCAGGAGUCCCAGGAAAUCCAAAGAUAAAGAAAAAUCCAAGUACAGAUGAAAGACAGAGAAUCAGACAUGGGUGGCUAAUGUAUUUACUGUUGUCUAACUUGGAGCACCAGGUACUCAGAUAUUGUGUCAAAGCGUCAGAGACUCUGCUUGUUAUUUUUUUUUCACACUAGGGUUAUGGCCCUUUUCGAUUAAUACUGAUUGUAUAGGGCACAGAAAGACAAUAAAAAGUUGAACAUUUUCUUUGUAUACUUUUGUACACUAAUUUUAUUGUUAUACAUAAAUAGUGGUCUUCAUUUUUCAAGUCUUUCACAUUUUCCACUCUUCUCUUUUUUAAAUGAAGUAUUUCAUACCUACAAAAAUUCACAGAUGUGUAUAUAUAAGGUAUAAAGAAUAGUAAAUAUUUGUGUACCCAUGAGCCAGCUCAAGAAAUAGAGUAUCACCUGCAUUUUAGAAACCCUCUGUGUGUUCUCUCCUCAAGUGAUGAUUAUUCUGAAUUUUCUAUUUGUCAUUCUCCUGCUUGUUAUAGUUUUACAACAUAUGGAUGUAUUCGUAAAUAAAAUGUUAAGUUUUGUAUGUUUUUGAAUUUUAUAUAAAUAGCAUAAUGUAUGUUUA